AGAACUUCAACGGCCAUCAUCAUUGGCAACCAGACACUACGACCUCAAGCUUCAAGACUCAAGACUCAACUCUUGGCCACUGUGUCCCAUUGUCGUUUACCGGGACUAUGUAUCAGCGAAAAAACAAUAAGGAGCGGCACUAUCCUCCGAACGAGUUGCCUAAUUGGGAACGGGAUCGACAUUUUGGACAAAGACAAUAAGAAUCGUUGCCAAUGGAAGAGGGUUUCCGGAAUCCCUUUUUCUUUUGUGUUUUCACCUAUAACCACCACCACCACCGCUAUCGAUUCCCUCUCUUUUCCUACCACCACCACCACCUCUAGGUUCGUACCUCAGUGCUCACUGAGCAGCUAUACGGCGAAAGUAGUUCCCGUUUUUCUGAUUCGCAAUCGUGAAUAUGGACCUCUCACUUUAUCAGGUUGGAGACGCAUCCCCUUUCUCUCCAGAGAACUACAAACGAUCUGUUUUACGCCCACCACCUGCCAAAUUCACACUGGAUAUGUUAUCUCCCGCAAAGCAAGGUGGAUACUUUGUCUACGGAAUGCGGGUCAACCCGGUCAACAGGGGCGAUAGGUCUUCCACCGGGUCAGGGGACUCUCGCCUCAUGGAGCCAUACGAGAUUUGGCGAAAAUGGGAAGAUUGCCUAUUUUUCCAAGAUGGCAUUGAGGAGGAAUAUGGCCGCCUGGCUCGGAUGAAGCGCCAGCGACUCCAGCGAGGCAAAGGGGUCAAGAAAAACGGCGUGUAUAUGCAGGAUGCUGCUGCCUCCUGGGAUUCCCUUCCUCCAGGCCCCGACCCUCAUUCUGUGGCACAGGACGUGCACAAUAUAAUACCGCGACUCUCCCAUAAAGGAGGAAGCCUGUUCGGAAACAAACAUGCGAUUUUGAAUCUUCGUGUGGCUGAGCUUUCUGCUUUCAUGGCCGCCCUUUUCAAAGACGAUGUUCCAACGUUACUUCAGGAGGUUAGAUCAGACCGUUUGGUGACCGAUUUCUUUGGAUAUUGGAAAAGAGACGAAGAACUUUCGCGCAAGAACCAGGCGCGGUCCCGCAAACACCGUCAGUCUACAGCGAGCACUAUUCUGUCAUUCUACUCAGGACCCGACGACCCCGACGCGCGGUCAAUAAACACGGUGACCACGGAUUCACCUCCAUCACCUUCCAGGCAAAGUUUUUCUUCCAGGUUAUCCUCGUCCUUAUCUCCCCGCAAACGUCGUCCACGGCCGCUGUCCACGUCCUCCGACUCUUCGUCGGGAUCUUCUCCUAGCUCUGCCGGUUCCGUUGGCUCGUUCUUCCCUUCUAUAGGAGAAGAAGUCCCGGUUAUGUUUGAUUACAGCCCCCCAGUUCAGUCACAAUCUGAAUUCCAAUCUCCGCCUGAGGAUAUCGCUACAAGCUUACCAGAGAAUCUUUUCGUUCGGAGGGUGAAGAAGAGGUCCUCGAAAGAGACUUUGUAUCGUCGAAGUGCUCGGAUUUUCUCAACCCCACCCAGUCUCUUUGCUACUUUCGAAGGAACAGGGGAUCUAACCCCACCGGAAACCCCUCGUAAUACCAGACGAGAGUCAUGGCAAACGAUCGAUUCUGCCACAACCUACCUAGAAGGAUUAGAUCUAGAUCUACCCUCAUCUGCUCAGAUCUAUCACAAAUCUCGUCUGUCGAUCGGGAGCAUUGCGACGAUGAUGACAACGUCUUCGUCAGAAGCUGUCGUUCCUCACAAUCCGGUUCGAACUACUACCCCAGGAAAUCGUCGUAGCAGGCCAAUAUCCAUCUAUUCCGUUCAAGAGGGUUCCUGGUCCGAUGGUGACGAGGACAUGUUAGAUCCUGCAUUGUUCGAUGAAUUCCCCAUGCCAGCUCACCUCUUCCCUAAUAGAGUCGAUAUCAGCGUGUUCCCCAUAGAAGAAAUCCGGGAAGAGGAGGAAAGACCUGAAACGCCUUCUCCCAGUAGACGAUCGGAAUCCCCUCCCGAGUCAUCAUCUUCCGAUAGUGAGUUUACUAUCGAUGAGCCGUCGACACCGACUGGUACUAUGGCUCCAGAGAUCCAUAUCACAUCUGUGCCUUCUUCCCCUACCUACUCAACCUAUAGCGAAACCCCGUCCACGAUCAGACCAUCAUCAGUACUAUCCAAUGUGACUAGCGACACCUGUAUUUCUCGAGCCACUGCCACGACAACUCUCUCCAACACUUCAACCUUAUCUCCCACCUCAGGCGAAACAUAUACCAUCAAAGCCGCGCAUAAUAAAUCCAUCAUUCUCCUUCGCAUACCUAAAACCACCCCCUUCUCCGUACUAAGGGCAAAAAUCCACGAAAAGUUUGCUCAACAAGAAAAACUUUCGUUGUCUGACUCAUUCACUCUGGCAUUCGUCAUUCCCGAUGUUGUUGUUCGAAAGAACGACGUUGCCUCGGGUUCGAAGGCUAAAGGCAGAGCACGAGAACGAUCGAGUUCAUUGUCUUCUGCAGGGGGUCCUGUGCAGAUGGCUUUGGUCACCACUCAAGAACAGUGGGACAAGGUCGCCGAGUCAACGGAAUUGAAUAAGAUUACGUUGAGAGUGUUGGAUACGAUCGUUUAAUCUUUCGCGGUUUCUGUCGCGUUUGAAGUCGCUCCCUGGUUUACCUCCAGAAGCGACCCUUUUUCUUCGUUCAACUUUCACCUUCACUCUUCUUUUUUAUCUUUAAUUUCUUAUUGUGAUACUCAUUUAGGUCGUGCAUACUAAACAUGCGCAUUGGACCUUGAUCCUAUCUUUCCACUUCGUUUCUCGACUAAUGGCACUUUUCUCCCAUUUUCGCCAGCUCCGUUCUUUUUUCGUUCUUUCUGGUUAUAUGUAUAGGAAAGAAUUCCCUCAACAUCAUUUGACGUUAUUUCACGCAUGUAUGACUCCUCUAACUGGACGACGUUCAAUGUCAAUUAAAGUAGUUGAAUAAUCACCUCACGGUUCAUGAAUAAAGUAUAACACAUGUUUACAAAAGUUCGAACUGGCUCGUUCUAUGCUCCAACGCGAGUAACAGCAGAUGGUACACCAGUCGGUAAGGGUAUCCUCGUCCAGUCAGGCAAGAUGUUUCGUUGAUGCAACGAAUCACGAUCUGCGUGGAAAGACUGAGAUGGAGUAGACGUAGACAUAUCUCCCAUGGCACUGUCCUCUCCCCCCAUCGGCUCAACUUCGUCCCAUUUCUCUCGGCUGACUUCGACCCCGCCAGUUUUAAGAACACUAAGAGAAGAGUUUUAGUAGCAACUUUAACGUAGGCACCAUACGAAAAAUGAAACUACUCACCCGGCUAACGAAGCACCGACCCAAGCCAUGGUAGCCGGUGUGAAUGCCGGAGCCUUUCCAGCGUUGUUUUUGGCUCGAUCUGAAUGAGGUUCCCCAGGUGAAGGAUUGUUGACGAUGGCGAAAUAUGGUGUCAAGGGACGAAGCGAGGCGUAGCGGUCAUACUGUGGUGGGGGUGGUUUAUCUGGCCGCACAGGAUGCCGUGGGACGAAGGGAGAAGGUUGGAUGGCACGAAGGAGUUCGGAAUGUAGUCUUAUAAUGAAUCCCGGUAGCAUAGGGGUACCGCCAACAACGAGGAUGGAGGAUGCCAUUGUUUUGCGAAGAUCAAGGGGAACCUGUGUUCGACUUGGUGAAAAAGAAGGACACAAUAAAACAAAUUCGGGGAAUGUUCACCUUGAGAAGGGCAUCCAAUAUCACUUCAGCUACACUUUUUUCGUCCACAUCCCCGGGUUCGAAAAGAAUCUCCGCCGCACGUUCCCUAACCCAUCCCGGUAUAAUGAGUGUAGCGUACCCCAAACCACCACCACCUGGUAGUGGAGCCACUCGCAGCCUUAAAUCGGUGGCGGUUGAAUGGCGUGUGUACAAGUUCGCCAGACCCUGCAAUCCACCAGCGCGUGGAUCCGCUCCAACAGGAGUACGUGGAUCGGAGAUCACAGAGAAAUCCGAGGUUGAAGCUUGAGCAGAUGACACGUUACUAUCGCGGCCAACAUGUGAGAAAUCUGACUCGGACUGGGUGGCGUCACUACUUGGUGGGAGGUCCGUUUCGGAACCUUCGUCCAAUCCUGGAGUCACGUCGCGUGUAUCAUUACUUGAGACGGAUAAAAGAGGUUCCCCAACGAAGCAACAGCGUGUUAGAAGUUCAUCUAAAAUACUGUCGGUGAGUAUUUCGGGUGGAACUCGCAUAGAUCGACUGGCGGUCGGAAUAUUGACUGGGCCAGGAGAAGUGGGUGGAAGAUAGGUUCCGAAUAACAGUAAUAGGGAGCGGAGGUGGGAGUGUAACCGAGACCCAGCUAAUGGAGUUGUUUGGAUUUGGGGGAAGAGGGGACGCGAGGCGAAUAUCUGUGCAGCUAUUCUAGGUAACCACAGUCAAGAACAAGGCCUGUUAUACGACCGACCGCGAGCAAAGAUAGAAGGUGACUUGACGCAAAUGACACUGAUGGAACCUGUGUGGGUUUCUGUGCGAUGAUCCAGUUCGAAGAAGCGAAGACGCACCUGUAAGUUUUCGAAUAAUACCCGAGCUAGCGUAUCCUUGGUAUAGAUGGGUAAUAAUGGGUGUUCAACGA